AUGGGUGAUGCUGGACGUUCGAAUUCAAAUAGGUUACUUUUAGAAUACCAUCCGCUUAUUACAGUGCACGACAGCAGGGAUGGCAGCGACGAUCUCUGUGCCGAGAAGAAAUUCAACGCUAUGUUUUUCAAAUUAUUGGAACUUUUCCUUGAAGAACUGUUGAACAUCUUACAAAAACUGUGUGAGAUAAUCGUCAAAGAUGAUGUGAAGAACUCACUGAAGAUUAUGCUCACGCAAGCAAGAACCCUGCAAAGAAUGGCUACCACUCUUCAUUACGAAUCUGAAGUCGGCAGCUACCUGAAUCAAUCAAUCCCCUUACUGGAGAAAAUCGAGAAAGAAGUGAAACAGAGCCAAACUUUCACUGAGGAUGUUAAAACUCUACGCAACAAAACGAAGGAUGAACUUGUUUACCUGUUGAAACAAUUGAAAAAAGAGAGUUGUCUAGACCAAUUUCUCGAAUAUUGGCCAGUGUCCAUUUCAUACUUCUAA